AUGCAGAGAUCUCAACUUAUAUCUGAAAUAACUACAUUCGAUCGGUCCCGUCUGCGGCCUACAAGCAACUCUCCGGUCCGCAAGCACGAAAAAUCAGAGCACUCCAAAAGUCUUUUACUUUUAGAUAUUUCGCGUCAAUUCAACCGUCCUGAGAACUCGGAUAUCUCUAUUAUUACAAAUGAUGAUAAAAUAGUCUAUGUCUCUUCCUUUAUUCUCCAAGCCCGCAGCCCAUAUUUUGAGCGUUUACUUAAAAGUGGAAUGAAGGAAAGCAAUUCCAAAGAGAUCAAUGUCUCUGCAAGUUAUGAUGCAUGUGUUGCUUUCGGUGCAUGAUUUUUUGCUCUCAAAUGUUUUUUUGGAAUUUUCCUUUAUGAAAUUUUAAUGGCUUUUAGCGAUAAAAUAUUUGGAUAUCAAAAAUAGUCAGUAAUUAUCGCAGAAUUUCUGUGGGACUGAAGAAGAAUGGCAUGAAACUGUCGCUUUAUUUAGAUAUUUCUAUACAGAUAGGUUAGAAACUAAUCCGAAAACAGCGAUUGAGGUAAUGAUGCUGGCUGAUAUGUAUUUAUUAGAAGGGCUCAAGCAUGAAUGUGAAAGUUUUGUUAAAAAAAGUAUCACAGUUGAGACUGCGAUUGAUUUCUAUGAAUGGUCUAAAGGACCACCUCCAUUUCCAACUUGGAUCGUCGCCUAAGUUUACGCCAACUCCGCUUCGUCGUCCGCCAGAUCUGCCCAUUGAAGGGCACCUUUUCAACUGGAGAGACCCCCGUCUCGAUGUCUAACUCGCCUCCCCUCUUUUCCGGUCAUCCCGAGAAAGAACUCAACAGCUUUCGCCAUUCGGGGCGAGCCACUAAAGCAGCUUAGGCAGGUAAUUCACCCUGCCUCAUUUCGGGCACUCACUGGGCUGAGCGCUGCUGGCAAAAAGAAGUCACGAAUAACUGCCCAUGGGUCUGGUCGCAAAAACAGCGGUUCUCGCGCUUAGGCCUCUCGCUUCGAGGUCCCGGACGUUGUUGGGCUAAUUCCUGGCUCCAAAAACCAUGCCCGGAUAUACAUGGGUAACCACCACUGGGAGGGUGGGUCGGUCGCCAUACGCCAUUUUAUGUAUAUUCUAUGAAUGGUCUAAAGGACAAAUUUGUAGAACUGAGCUAUUACGUCUCGAAAUUUAUAUGGAAAAAUAUUGGAAAAAUCAGUCGAAAUCAGCAAUUCAGGAAUUUAGUUGCUGUAAAUUCUGAGCUGCUGGUUGACCUGCUAAAUGAAUUGCCGGAAAAAGCUACUAUAACUUAUUAA